CGCGCGCAUACAUAUUCGCGAACUGGCGUUGCCAGAUAGGGUAUUUUUUCACAAUUUCAGAUAGUAAGAUAUUUUGUGAUCGUUAUGUAUAGUGAAAAAGUGUAAGAUACAGUGAUUCUAUAAGUGAAAACCUUUUUGGAUAAGUCUAACACCAUGAAAAAUAUUUUGUACAUCAGUGUGUGUUUCGUAUUAAAUACAGUAUUAAUUGAAGCUAGAGAUAACUACGAUAUUGUGGACUUUUACAAAAGAAAACUUCACACCAAUAUAUUGAAAUUCGACAAAUCUACCAACUCUGCCCACGUGCCGUUGGAUCAUAAUUACUUCGAGCACGACAAAUUAUCCCUUCCAUUUACAAUAACUUCUACGUUCAGUUCUGAUUUCUAUGACCCGUUUUGUCUUUUUUCCAUACAAAAAGAGAAACAUCAUGCAGUAUUGAAACUGUGUAUGCGAAGAUCGUCUCCUACUACUAUGAAUAUAGAUUUGACGAUAAUGAACAAAAAGACAGACAUAUUAAUUGAUACUGACUUCAGCAAUAAUGAUGCAAAUAUUUUAUUGCAUGUAGAUAAAGAUAUAGUAACUCUUAUAUAUAAUAAUGAUGAAUGUCCGGAAACAAAUACCGAAACAUCAUUGACGGAUAUUGACAUGUCUGGAAAUUUAAUACUGCAACUCGGGAAAAAGAUGCGGGGUAGUAUCCAAAGUUUGGACAUUUAUACAGGACGACAACAAAAUUACAUAUAUGAAAGCUUUUGUAUACCACCAAGCCGAGGCGACACUGCAGAUCCUAGCACGUUAAUAGAUUUUGCAAAAGGUGAAAAAGGUGCAAAAGGUGAGCCUGGGGAUUCAGUAGCAGGACCAUCAGGAUCGGAAGGUCCUAUGGGACCAAGAGGUCCUCAAGGACCACCUGGACCAAGGGGAGAGAGGGGAACUUGUGAGUGCUCAGAGUCGGUGAUUUCAAGCCUUCUGAAGACAAUGCCAGAGAUGAGGGGACCGCCUGGAUCCACUGGGCCCAGAGGAGACACCGGAGACCCAGGAGCAAUUGGUAUGCCGGGGCAUCAUGGUGAACCGGGUGAAAAAGGAAUACAAGGGGAUAAAGGAGAAAAAGGCGAAAGGGGUGACCUCGGACCACCAGGAAAUGAUGGAUUGAAAGGAAGUGAUGGAUCGCCAGGGAGAGACGGUGCGCCAGGCCCACCAGGAUCACCGGGCUCAAGGGGACCACCAGGGGCACCAGGUACCUGUAAGGUUGAAGAAAAAGCAAAAGAAGUAUACGUAACUGGUGAAAGGGGAGAUCCUGGACCUAUUGGACCACAGGGACCGAUUGGUCCACCUGGUACAAUGGGGGAACGUGGUGAAAAAGGUGAUGCGGGGACGAAAGGAGAAAAGGGAGACAUGGGCCAUACUGGGCCCGAAGGUCGAAAGGGAGAUAAGGGGGACAAUGGUGAACCAGGCUUCGAUGGCAUUCCUGGUACCCCUGGACAUCAUGGAACUCCUGGUGAAAAAGGCGAGAGAGGGGAAAAAGGUGAAGUCGGAGCCCCUGGUAUGCCAGCUAAGCUCUCUUCAAUAUUGGAUAUCAAAAUAGAGCCCUCAGAAAGAGCAGCGAUCAUAGAAAAAUUUAUAGACUUGAAAGGCGAACCGGGACUUUCAGGAGUAAAGGGAGAUAAAGGUGAUCCAGGUCUUCCUGGGAGUCCAGGGCCACAAGGAAAUGAUGGUAAGAAUGGUCAUCCUGGGGCUAAAGGUGCAACAGGGCCACAGGGAAAAAGGGGUCCCCCUGGACACAAAGGAUCUAAAGGAGCGCCCGGGCAGAAAGGAUCUACUGGACCACAGGGGCCACCAGGUCCCUCGACUGAAUCAACGAAGGGUCAUAAAGGAGAGCCAGGCAACCCCGGCGCUAUGGGUCCAAAAGGAACAAAAGGGGACGUUGGGCCUAAAGGAGACGCGAUUAAAGGUGAAAAAGGGGAUCGAGGAGAUAUCGGAAAUCCUGGAGAACCUGGCCCACGUGGCCCCGAAGGACCAGCUGGGUCGUGCACCUGUCCGAAUGCUACUGCUAUGCACAUAACUGGUCCACCUGGACCCCCAGGACCUCCAGGGACACCAGGCUUAACAGGACCACCAGGCCCACCAGGUUUACCAGGUCCCUCUACAAAUAGUCCAAAAGGAAAUACAGGAAGAAUAAUGACUGCCGAAGAAACCGUUUCGCCAAUUGAAAUCAACCCGUCUACACUGAUCAGCCAGACGGAAUAUCUAAACGAUGACGACUUUUACACGACCACCACCGUUGUUUUUAGAACUAUAACGACCCUCUACAGAAAAACAUCCAGUAUGAAAUUGGGGACAAUAGCUUACGUCAUACAAGAAAAAGUACUACUGCUGAGGGUCGAAAAUGGAUGGCAACGGAUUAUGAUGGAUUCCAAUAUGAGAGAACCACAAACUGAGACACCCACGCCACACCCCGCAUCGUUCGCAAGGCCCCCAAGGGAAGAGAUUCAAAAGCAUCCAGCCAGAACGAUUACAAACUGUGUGAGAAAUGGAAAUUGUAUCCGUAUUGCAGCACUGAAUAGGCCAUAUACAGGACACAUUUCCACAAAUGGCAAUAUUGUAGGUGUUCAAGCUGCCGAAAAUGAAUGUUAUACGCAAGCAAAAACUAGUAAUUUGAGAAAUUUCGUCCCAUUCAUAGCUCGCAGCACACAAGCAUUAAGGAAUUUAGUGACCAGGGGUUAUGAAAGGCUACAAGUGGUGAACUUAAAAGAAGAGUUGCUAUUUGAAUCAUGGCAUAGCAUGUUCAACGGAUCCGGAGCCCCGUUUCAAAAAUGGAACGCGAAUAUUUAUAGUUUUAAAGGGAAUAAUAUUUUAACAGAUAACUUAGUUUGGCCACACAAGGUAGUUUGGCAUGGCAGCAAUUUAUAUGGGAACUAUACAAAUGAUAAUAAUUGCGUAAAUUGGAAUAGUGGCAGUUCUGAGCAUUACGGCACGGCAUCGGCGUUAUACGAUGUAGACGACAGCCGGCUAUUAAGUCAAACAAAGUACUCGUGUGAUAACGAAUUUAUAAUUCUUUGUGUGGAGCAACAUCCUGGAUCUAUUAGGCGAAGAAGACAUUAUCCAUCAAGAACAAGACAAAGGCCUCGAUAUAAUCAAAUAACACAUAAUUACUUAACAGGUUUAUAGUAUAUAUAUAAAAGCACAUUAGGAUUUAUUCAAUAAUGGAAAAAAAUUUAAAAUAAAUCAGUUAUUAAAACAUAUUUCAGUAUGUAGAUGUGAUUAAAUUAUUAAGAUAAGUUUUAUUUUAAAUUAUUUUCUUAAUCAAUUGUUAAUUUAUUUAUAUACAUUAUUAAGAAAUAUCAAUAUUUCGUUUUUAUAUCUGUGCACAUGAUACAACUAUAAUAUAGUAACAUACUUAAAAUUCAUUCAGUACUACUCAUAUAUAUAAAUUAAGGAUAUUUUUGUGACCAAAAUGACGGUAUUUUUUAAUAUUCAUUAAAAAAAUUAUAACUUCUUUUUAAUGGAAAACAGUUCUUUUGUAGUUCAUUUACAGUUCAUUUUUUGAAAAAUAAAUAUUUAUGUAUACAUUUAUUUAUGUAUACAUUUAUUUUGUAUACGAAGAUAAGUUUUAAUUGUUUAUUGAAAUUACUUCGACAUAUGAAGUCAUUUCGAAUAAUAAAUACAUCACAAAAAUCAUUAGUAAAAAAUCAAAAGUAGCUAUAUAUUUGACAAUGACCUAUGCAAUUAUGUGAUAAGUUUUUAUAAAUAUGAGUAUGUUACAAUGAUGGAGUUACGAUACACUUAUUGAAUCCUUAAUAAAUGUAACAGUAUAAUGAAUUCGUAAAUUUUUAAUGAACCAAGUACUUUUGUACUUAUGCUUUGCUUUGUAUAUAAUAUAUACCUCGUGUAUAUAUUUUGAAUCAUAGUAUUAUAGCGCGUAUUUUUAAAAUAUAGGUAAGCAUAUUAAGUGUUACUUUUAUAUAACUUGAUUGAAUUUUCUUUUUUUUUUUUGUAGCGUGUACUUUUAUAAUAUUUAUUUUAAUGGGUGAAAAUGGUAUGGAAGCCCCGCCGAUACUAGCGGAGCACCAGUGCCAGAUUAUAGGUGAGGAUGAAAAACAGGUUAAUGAGCCCAUCGUGAUGAAGUCCAAGAAUACUAACCGCUAUACUUUCCAGUGACAAUAGCGUCGUGGAAGUGAUUAAAUAUAUUGCUAGCAUUGGGAUUGUUAGUUUCUAUUACUAACGACCCCUUACCCCUCUUAUUGCAAUGAUAUUGUUUGAUAUCCUUGUAAAUAGGACACAUUUUAUAUGAUUAAGUAAAUUAUAAUUUCUUAUUACAAUUUGAAUAAUGAAUCCUGGCGAUUAUAAUGACCAGAAAUAGAGUAUUUUCUCCAAACAUUAUGUCUUUCUUUAAGUAUGAGAUAUAUUCAAUGUUCUCAUAUAAUGUGAUUAUUAUGUAUCCAUUAAAUAUAAGGAUUUACAUUGUAUUUUUGUAUUUUAAUAAAUAAAAUUAACUUUAAAAGGAAGAGUUUACAAUUCUUGAUUGAUUUAAUUCGAAUCAAGUAAAAGCGUAAAGGCGUACGAUAUUAGAUAUAUGUAAUAGUAAACUCUCAUUGUCUCUCCUUUCAUUAGGUACCAAACGUAAUUCAACUAUGUAGAUAGUUAUUCUAAAUAGUACGCAUGUGCCAUAAUAUUAUAAUAUAAAAUUAUUAUUGUUUUAUAAUAAAAAUGUCG